AUGGGUCGCGGUCCAAAGAAACACCAAAAACGCCUCAGUGCGCCUUCGCACUGGCUUUUGGAUAAGCUCUCGGGUGCCUACGCCCCGAAGGCAUCUCCUGGGCCUCAUAAACAACGUGACUGCCUCCCCUUGAUCAUCUUCCUUCGAAAUCGCCUCAAGUACUCGCUGAACAAUCGGGAGACCGUUGCUAUUUUGAUGCAGCGUCUCAUCAAGGUUGAUGGCAAGGUCCGAACGGAUAUUACCUACCCCGCUGGCUUCAUGGAUGUCAUCUCCAUUGACAAGACUGGCGAGAACUUCCGUCUAGUCUACGAUACCAAGGGUCGUUUCGCCAUUCACCGCAUCGAACAGGCCGAGGCAGAAUACAAACUUGGCAAGGUCAAGAGGGUGCAAGUUGGCAAAGGAGGAAUCCCAUACUUGGUUACGCAUGAUGCUCGCACUAUUCGAUAUCCCGACCCUGUCAUCAAGGUCAACGAUACUGUCAAGAUCGACCUUGCAACCGGAAAGAUUACCGAUUUCAUUAAAUUCGACACUGGUGUGAUUGCCAUGGUUACUGGUGGUCGCAACAUGGGUCGUGUUGGUGUCAUCACUCAUCGUGAGAGACAUGAUGGUGGUUUCGCCAUCGUGCACAUCAAGGAUGCCAUUGACAACUCGUUCGCUACCCGGGAGAGCAACGUCUUCAUCAUUGGUAAGGAGAAGCCAUGGAUCAGUCUGCCCAAGGGCAAGGGUGUCAAGCUGUCCAUUGCCGAAGAGAGAGAUCGUCGUCGUGCCGUUCAGAUGGCAAACCCACGCGUGUAA